AAUUACGUAAUACGGCAACAAGGACUGAUGCCGUAUAGCGAACUGUACUGUAAAUACUUUAAAAUAUGGCGAAAGACACGAGGCCGCAGGAGAAAAAUAAAGUUGGCAGCGCGGAAAUUCAUUUUGCAAAGAAAUUAGCAAACAACGAUAAAAAGAUUCGAGAUCGAGCUUUUGUUAAAUUAAAAUCAUGGUUGCUUGCAAAAGAAAAAACUAAUGAUGGUCUAAAUUUUACAGAGCUUCUGAAAAUUUGGAAAGGUUUGUUUUAUUGUAUGUGGUAUUCUGACAAGCCACUUGUUCAAGAAGAGCUUGCAGCAAAUUUAGCAAAUCUAAUUCACAUAUUUAAUAGAUCUUCAAAUAAUGGAAUUCUUUUUUCAAAAGUCUUUUUUGUUACUAUUGGCAGAGAAUGGAUAGGUAUUGAUCGAUUGAGGCUAGACAAAUUCUAUUUUCUCAUCAAACUUUUUAUUCAUGAAACUUUAAAAUGCUUGCAAAACUUAGAAUGGAAUUAUCAAAACGUUUUGCAACACAGCAAAUUUCUCAAUGAAUGUUUUUUAGAUGAAAAGUUUCCAGAUAGCUUAAAAAUUUAUUUAACAGAGAAGACACUUCCUGAACUUUCUGUUUUAAUUGACAGCAGCGAUAAGAUGCCAAAGGAUGAUGUAUUGGUGUUACUUGUUGAACCAUUUUUAACUGCUAUUGCUUUUACAUUAAGUGAUUCAGUGUUUAAAGCUGUUCGUGAAGAAGUUUUAAAUAAAAUUGAAGCUCUCGAAAAUAUUAAAAUGCCCUUAAAGUUAAUAGCUGAUCGUCUUACUACUUUGGCAGCUGAAAAAGCUGUUAAAACAAGGAAUAGAAAGGUUUUACAUAUAUAUGCUAGAAGGUUCCAUGAAGCUGAUUCUGUUGAAGGUACUAAAAGUAAAUUAAAGAAUAAAAGUGAAGAAAGUGUGAUUUUAGAGCAGCCUAUUAUUAAGAAGAAAAAAACAGGAGACACAGAAAUGUGUAAUGAUGUUAGUAUGCAAAAGUCAAAGAAAAAGAAGAAAAAGAAAAAGAAACUUUCUCAAGUCGAAAGUAUUAGUACAGAGUUAAAUAAUAACUUAGAAAAGUGUUCCGAUGAUAAAACUAAUAGUUUUACUGAAACGAAUAUAAACAUUGCACCUACUUCUAAUGAAAAUGAUAAUAGUUCUUGUCAUGUUAAUGAUCAUGCUCCUCUUAUUAGUUCUUCCAGUUUUGCCUCACAGAGUAAUUCCAUUAGCCUUCCUCCUUUAACUAAUACUAUCAAACCUGCUCUACAGCUUGACUCGAAUAGUCCUGUUCAAGAUGUUGAUUCUACUGAUAUUGCUAUGCAAAUUGAAUCUGAACAUUCAAGCGAGAAGUUAACCUGCUUAGUUAACGAUACGGUAAAACAAAAAUUAGAUUUUAUGUCAGAUUUCGAACUUGCUGAUAAUCAGCCAAAAUCUGAGUCAGCAGAUGAUACUGCCACAAAAAAUUCACUUCAAACACCGACAGAUAUUACGAAUGAAUCAAACAUAAAUAAUGAAAUUAUUUCGGAAGAUCAACAAUUGUGUCACUUAGUUGACCAGUCUAUUGAAAAUGACGACGAUAAAACUGAAAAGACUUCUCAAAACAUAAUGAAAGACUCUGUAGAAAAAGAAUUAAAGGAAGUUAAAAGGGAGCGUAGAAGUUUACGAAAAAAAAACAAUGAGAAAGGCUCGCCUAAAUCGUCAGUUACUUAUAUAAAAACACCUGUAACAAAAGCAUUUCUUAAUAGACAGAUGCGAACAAUAUGUGGAAAAAUUAAAAAUGAGACAGAUACAACUUCGACGGAUUUCACGACUCCUCAACCUGAAAAAAGAAAAGUUCGAAUAGAACUUUCAAAAAAUAUGGCUGUAGGUCACAAAGAAUUAAAGAUUAGUCCUUUACCAGCCUUCAAUCCUUUACUUCAACCCAAUAAAAGCGCAAUGAAAGUUUACUCGACACGAUCUAGAGCCAAAGCUUCGGAUUUUAUGUGAAAUAUGAUUUUGCUAUAUGGAGUUGAAUGUAUAUAAAAAAAGGCGCAUAUUUUUAUAUCGUAAUUAGAGCUGUUAAUGAGCUAAUUUUUAAAUUUGACUAGUUCGACGCAGGCUUGUUUGAAUUUUAUGUCUCGGAUCUUGGUCACUUAUUAUCCAAAUACGGGCACAUUGGGGCGAGUGAAAAAGUACAUAUGCGACUAAAAGAUAGAGCAAAAUAUACAUGCAUCUACAAUUGAGAUUUAGUUAAAACGACUGUUUUGUAGUUUUUUAACUUUCCUUUAUUUUAAAAAGUUUUAUUUUUUCUUUGAA